AAGGGGUGUUUGGGAGAAGAGCACGGGACAGUGAGUUUGCAGGAUAUUGUCUUCAAAAAAUACAUAUUUUACUUUGAAGCCUGCGCUCAUAAACAAUGGAUUUUCGUGUUGCCUCCCUCUGCUUCGGCCUCUUCGUACUCGCUUCUGCCGAACCUGUGAAGUAUAUCGAUUGUGGUUCUGAAGUGGGGAAGGUUUUCUCCGUCGACAUACAGCCAUGUCCAAAACAGCCGUGUGAGCUCCGCAAGGGAGAGUCAUAUGCUGUCAAUGUGACUUUCAACAGCGCUGUUGAAAGCCAGACCAGUAAAGCGGUGGUCCAUGGGGUGAUUGCUGGGGUUCCCAUCCCUUUCCCCAUCCCUGUUGAAGAUGGCUGCAAGUCUGGCAUUGUCUGCCCCAUUCAGAAGGAAAAGAGCUACAGCUACGUGAACCAGCUACCGGUCAAACCCGAGUACCCCUCAAUCAAGCUGGUAGUGGAGUGGGAGCUGAAGGAUGACUCAAGCAAAGACUUAUUUUGCAUCAAAUUCCCAGUCCAGAUCACAAGUUGAGGGACACUACCUUUCUCUAUUCACUAAGAGGGAAAUCCUAAUGUAGCAAUUUCCUAGAGGAGGUGGCUACAGUAAGAAAAUAACGUUUUGUUAUAUUUGUAUCAAUUGAUUUUUAAAAUUAUUUCUUAGGUAGGUAAUUUUAUGUGUUGACACAUUUAAAACAAUUUACAGUAUGCAGACUUUUUAAAGUUGUGGAUUCAUGGGUAGUAUUGGGAGAACUGGGCUUCUUUAAAUCCAAAAUGAAUGUAGCUAUGAUGACUGAUUUUGAUUUGUUCAAAUGUGUCAGGGAAUGAUAGCAUGUGGUAGCUCCACCUGCUUGAAGCCUCAGUCUCAACUAGUUUAGGGUGAUGUUUAAACUUCUCAGACUGGUAGGCUGAGGCUUUUCUUAAUUCUGUGUUGCCACAAUGUACUGUCUUGUCAACAUGACAUCCCAGUAUCAGUUCUGUAGAUUGCUGUUGAAUGAGCAAUGCUAGAAAUCAGCUUUAUUCUCAUUGCAGCAGACCACCAUCAAUGGCAAAAUUCUACUCGCUGCUGUGUAGCUAUACAAACCACUUUCCAUGUAAAUCAGUUUGUUUCAUUUGAUGUUUCCUGUCUG